CGCGGCAGAAACAGAGCGCGCAGCACUGCUGGCAGUUGUGUGUUAAAAGAAAGACAUUGUAGCUGCUGGAGUGCAGGUUGAUGUUAAAUAAAUACAACAUGUCGGACAGAAACCCGGGGAUGGUGCUCGGCUGCCUGGCUGCUGAAGGCUGUGACGUGCAUCGACCUGACCACGUUGGCUGGAGAUGACACACCGUCAAACGUUCAUCGGCUCUGUGUUAAAGCCAUCCAGCCCAUCCGAUCGGACCUGCUAAUGAAAAUGGACAUGCACGACAAAGGAAUAACCACAGCCGCGGUGUGUGUGUAUCCAGCUCGUGUGGCUGAUGCUGUCAAAUCACUGAAAGCAGCAAACUCUAGCCUACCUGUUGCCUCAGUUGCCACUGGUUUCCCAGCAGGACAGACUCCACUGGAGACCCGCCUGCAGGAAGUCCUCCUGGCAGUAAGAGACGGUGCUACAGAAAUCGACAUUGUCAUCAACAGGACGUUGGCUCUCACAGGACAGUGGGAAGCCAUGUACAGUGAGCUGCAGCAGUUUCGACAGGCCUGUGGUGAAGCCCACAUGAAGACCAUCCUGGCUACUGGAGAGCUGGGAACAUUCACUAAUGUCUACAAAGCCAGCAUGGUGGCCAUGAUGGCUGGUUCAGACUUUAUUAAGACUUCUACAGGAAAGGAGUCUGUUAAUGCUACUUAUCCUGUAGCUGUGGUGAUGGCGAGAGCUAUCCGGGAUUAUUAUUUAAUGACAGGCCACAAGGUGGGAUUUAAACCAGCAGGGGGGAUCAGAACAGCACAGGAGUCUCUGGUGUGGCUGGCUCUAAUUAAAGAAGAGCUGGGCAACGAUUGGCUCCAUCCUCACCUGUUCCGCCUGGGAGCCAGCAGCCUGUUGGCUGACAUCGAGAGGCAGAUCUACCACCAUGUGACAGGACAAUAUGCUGCCUUCUAUGAGCUGCCAAUGGCUUGAUGUCAGUCCAGUUCCUGUAACCAAGCCUCAGACACUUUCCAUAAUGCAGUGAUUUAAAGUUAUUUUAAUGUUCAGAGACUGGAGUCAUUCCACYUAAAGUAACAUUAACUUUGUCACUUUACUUUUUGGUUUUCUUACUGUUAAAUCACAAUCUGUAAAAGAACUGUUUCACACUGUUGCACAGCAUGUAAUAAAGUAAUCAAAUCUCUGAAGAUA